UUGGCCCAGUUGAUUCUCUUCAUAGUUACAUCUGGGUUGUAUUUCUUCUUUGGCUUCAUCCCAAAAGGCAGCACUGGCGCGGUUACUACAGAAGGUAUCCCCCCAAAAGGAGGAGGUGGGGGCAGUGGUGGACCACCAAACAUAGGAGGAGGAGGAGAUAACGAUGCCCAAGAAGAAAGUGAAAGAAUUAAGAAUAUUGGAUGGGAAGACUGCCCAAAAUUUGUCUAUUUUCCUGGGAUCUUUCCGCAUGCCUUACGAAGAAAUAAAGCACAUUAUAUUAGAAGUGGAUGAAGCAAAACUAAGUGAAGCAUUAAUUCAGAACUUGGUUAAAAAUCUCCCUGAACAAAAAGAACUUAAUGCCUUAGCUGAACUGAAGAACGAAUAUGAUGAUCUCUGUGAGUCGGAACAGUUUGGGGUUGUGACAUUUUCAUCCAUUCUUUAUGAAUGGAAGCCAGGAACCAGCUCUGGAACGUUAAUGAUUGAACUCAAACACUCUUAA